UCUCAGGUUCUUGUAUCUAUAUUUCAUGGGAUCGCAUCCAGAUACAAUCGUAGUAAUCCAGUAAAGCACGGAUAAUUAAAGGGAAUAAUGGUUGACCCAAUAUUUUUUUUACACGAUUGGUAUUCUUCAACUUCCCGGUUAACCUGAUUUUUCACAGCUUUUGAAAUAUGUACCACCUGAAUUUUCUUUGAUUUUUUGUGCAUUUUUUCAUGGGGUUAACUCAUAGUUUCGUCAACGCUAAAGAUCGUAAUCAACUAAAACCUACCCGUUUAAAAAAAGAACCGGGUGUAUCAGGCGCUGCAUACCAGCUUAAAAAAACAGCAGCGAAUAAUCAGCGAGAGAAUACGGACUGAAACAAUCGACAAGGCCACAGCGACGAAAAGGGACUAGCGAUUGGAAACUUGGUUUGUGGAACUGAAAAUCUCCCAACUUCAUCGGGAAUACACGCAUACUCGCCAAUGUGUUCGAGGACCGUGGAUUCGGCAUCGUAGCGCUGCAGGAGGUUCGUUGGAAGGGAUCAAUGGUGCGGCAACACACACGAGCAUGGGAACAGCUUUACCAUAUACCAAAACUCCUGCGAUCGUCAUUGAGAACGGACGUAAUUAAUUAUUCGCUUUCAAUCUAAGUAGUGCACCGCGAAGGCAGUUGACCGUAACGUUGACCGUAAUUCUGAAUGAGAAAAAUGCAAGGAAAUUAGUUGAAAACAUGAAGGAAUUAGCAGAUGGAACACCGAUCAGCUGGGAUACCAAACGGAAUACGUCCCGCGCUGUCGUUGUCUGUCGGGAGCUCGCAAUCGAUACUGAAGACGAUAUAAAAACAAAACAAAAACAAACAAACACACAAGGUGUGACUGAAGUUAAACAAAUCAGCAGAAUGAACGACGACAAAAAAACGAAAUUCAACACCGGAGUCGUGAUCCUCACGUUCUCCCAGCCUUCACCACCAGAAAAACUGAAAAUUGGAUACCGCGUUUGCAGAACCGAAAAGUACUACCCCCGACCAACGCAAUGCUACCGGUGUUACGAGUAUCAGCACAGUAAAUUUUGCAAAAAAAAAGAACGCUGCCGAACCUGUGGCGAAAAGGCACAUCUGGAAAGUGAUGAAUGCUCGAAAGAAAUAAAGUGCAUAAACUGCGACGAAAAUCAUAUCUCGACCAGCAAGGCAUGUCCAAUUUUCAGGCAAGAGCAGCAAAUAAUAAUAAAAACGGACAAAAACAUUUCAUACACCGCAGCCCGGAAACAACUUAUCAACAACAACGAAAAAUCAAGUUACGCAAAAGUUACAGGCGAUGUCCAAACCAUUGUCGAAAAUGCAAGAAAACAGUGGGAAAAGGAGCUGGAGGAGAAAAUGAGCUUUAUCUCGGAAAAAAUGAAAGUUAUCUCGGAACGAAUGGAAGCGCUCAACGAAAAAGAAGCAAAUAUUAAAAACUGGUAUAAAUACCUCAAAGAUAAAGAAAAGAAUAUAAAGAUCACUGAAGAGAAAAUGCAAAAAGAUAUCGAAGAAAUGAAAACGCACUGUGGCAAGCUAACAAACGAGCUGCAGAAAAAGGAUGAAUUAAUAGAAAAACUAACAAAAAACAUUGAGCCGCAGACCCAGAAAACGAUCACAACUAAAGACAAACAUGGAAAAAAAAUUAACACAGAAACCAGAGAAGGCACACCAAGAAGGAAAAGCAACCGAAUAAACAACAACAAACAAAGAAAAACGGAUUCCUCAGACAUGGAAACAGAGGAAUUAAACGACGAUAACUGAUAAUAGCAACAAUAAAAUCAAAUCUGAAUAUGACCACGCUUAUACAAUGGAACUGUAACGGUAUAUGGAGCGAACACGCAGAACUUUAACUACUAAUAAGUGAACAUCAGCCUCUUUUUCUGGCCAUACAAGAAACCAAGACAAAUCCCAAGACAGCUUUUAAUAUAAAAGGAUACAACUCGAUAUUUCAGCAUCGACCAUCUGGUCAAGGAGGGGUAGCUAUGCUUAUAAAGAAGGGAAUCCCUUUCACCCCAGUACAAAUACAAACAGACCUGGAAAUCAUCGCUAUAGAGGUAAAUACACCCUUCAAAAUGACAAUCGCUUCAAUAUACAUUCCGCCAAAUAUAACAUUGGAUACUAAAGAAUUUGACAAAGUGCUAUACACUUUACCGAAGCCACUAAUAAUGGCCGGUGACCUUAACGCUCACCACGCGCAAUGGGAUUUGAAACACCAAGAUUCCAGAGGUAAAGAAAUUAUCAAAAUAAUAGAAGACCAUGGAUUAUUAAUGAUGGCCAAACAAGCCAAAAGAAACGAUAUGAACAGCACAUCAGCAAUCUAUGUAACAAUAUGCAGCCCUGAACUAGAAGCAAAAUUAGAUGGGAUCAUA